AACUAAAUUUUUUAGUAAAAAGACGUGUGGACUGUCGUGGUGAAGAAUAAGACUGAAAGUUCUGCGAACUUCGGACUUUGAAUUGAAGAAGUCAUUGGAGGGGAAAGAUUUCCCUAAUAAUAGUAAACACUAAUAUCCUGCAAUCUGCAUCACCUUUUCAGAGAGAUAUAUGCCUCCCUUUUCACUCAUGUUUACCAAAAAGAAAUGUUUAUGAGUAAGCCAUGACUCCAUGAGGAAUAAUAAGAAACCUCCACAGAGUAAACUGACUAGCAUAGCAUCACUAGUCGGUAGUGACUUGCUGACUUGAUUAGAAGAUGUGUGUCGUUGAGUAGACUUCGAGGGAAAUACUACACCUUUACCGACGUAUCCCCUAGGCUAGCGGGUGUGAACUCACUAGACUGUGUAUUCUGAGCAGGGCCAGGCAUCAUGUGGUGGUAUGGCUUCUCGCACGUUGUAUUCCAUUUCAUCAGAUGGUUUCCAAAGGACAACAGAGUCAAAGUUCGUGUAAUCAUCAUACUGUUCUCCUUUGCUCUGCUCUUCCCGCAACUCUUUGUAUUGACAAGAGACCACUCAAGUCGGUACUGUGGCCAGCAUCUUUUUGAUCAACUCAUCGUUUCAAUUGUCUUCACAUUCUGCAUGAUUGCUUUCACCAUCAUCUUCACACUGAUGGACCCCGUACCAUUUGAGGUGAAGGUGAUGUUCCACAUCUUCGGAGGGAUGGGCUUUAUCUUAGGUCUUGUUCUGAGCAUCUUCACGUCCAUGGCAGUAGAAUGUCAAAACAACACAGUGGAGCUUUACUACAUGUCUCUGGCCUCAGUCAUCUUGUGUCUGCUGACAAUGGUUUUCUUUGUGUUGAUGCUUCCUUUCUGGCUGCUGAACCGUUGGUUCACAAACUCCGUCCUGGAUAAGAAAGGAAGGACUGGGCUCUGCUACGAACCAACAGAAUGCUGCUCAUGUCUCUGGCAUAUCUGAUCAGGAUCAGAAAGUUUGUAAGAGAUCUUGAACCUAGAGCCUAUCCUAUGCAAAAUUAUACAAUAAAAUAAGCUCAUUUAGCACAAUUUGGCUCAAAAGAUUUUGAGACGCUCAUUAAAAAUGGUUUGUAUCAGUUUUUCUUUCAAGACAACCAUCAGAGUUUCCCGAGAAGGCGUCGGCUAAAGACAUCCUCUCGCCCAACUAUUCUAAACCUUCAUUGGAUAUUGGCAUGUCAUCUGGCACGCUCGAAACUAGUCUUGGUCCGAGCGGUUCUUGUCGAGUUAGUUAAACCGUAAAACCAUAGGGCCACAAUAGUAAUGUGUGCGGCGCUGAGAAUGGAAUCGCAACAGUUGAGUGAUAAUGAACAACGUCUUGCACCAAGACUAGCUCGGGACUAACUUGUGAACAUGAUUACAUGUAUAACUCCUGCAUACCAAAUUCCACAUGUAUUAAGAGUUGCCAUUCUGAACCGAGUGUAAUUUGUCUUGAUCCGUCCAAAAUAGAUUAAAGAAGUAGAUACUGUAAAAUGGUAUAACAAGACGAUUACCCGCUACAUGAUUCCUUGAUUGUAUAAAUGGUUAUGUUUUGUAGUACUUGUAGAUAUUUGAAAGAUUUGUAGAUAGUUGUCACAGUAAAUGUGAAAAGAAGAAAAGAGAAUUUGUUUGUUAACAAAUGUUUUAAGCCUUAGUACUUGGUUGAUAUAAGUCAUGAUUUGAUGCACACAAACAAAGGGAAAUUAUGAUAUUUCAAAUGAAGUUAUGCUGUCGCAUAAGAGGAGUUAAAUUAUUAUAUGUAGAUACUCGGGAAUAAAUCAAUGUUGAUCUUUAGAAAGUAUAUUUUUCAUUUUUAUAUUGUAUAUUUUGGUACUAUCCUUAAAAAUCAUUGUUUAAAAUAAUGUGAUGUGUAUAUAUUUAAUUGCAGUGGAUAUAUAGAUGAGUCAGUAUGCAUUUUGUCAUAACAUGAAAAAUAAACAACACACCGUCCAGACAAAUGUACAUUGAAAUCUUUGUUUGAACUUUCUUGUAUUAUUUUGUGCAAUGGUAAAGUAACAAUCCCACAUCUAAAACUGAAACUACCUUUUUCUUCUCUCCAUGGGGUUGUCUAAAUAAAUGGUCGUAGUUGACAUUAAUUUUUUUAUAUUUUGUGCAACUCGCGUUUUAAUCUCAAGUUAUAAUAUAAAUACUAGUGUCGAGCGAAACAUAUUUGAACCAGUAAACAAAAUGAAACGAGUAAGCAAUAUGUACAACAAGCAAUGAUUACACCAAGUAACAUGGGACUUCACAUGUAAAAACAAAUUGGCCGUUGAGCCCGGACUUCUUGCAGGCACGAUUUGUACACAGCUCAAUGGAAGAAACAACAAAUAUUUACAGAGUAUGGAGAUUGCACCAUACCAUUUGUAUAACUUUUGACAUGACAAAAGGGUCACACCUCAAAACUUGUACAGCUUUUAUUUUUACAAUUCUUGAUUUUAUGUUGUAACUAUACAAUGUGAAUAUAUCUCAUCUGGGGCCGCUUUCACAAAGCAAUACAAUAGACCAAUCCAUUAAGCUCCGCUCCAUUGCGUAAUGACCAAUCACAACGCAACAAAGG